AUGGCGGAGUGCCCAAACAAACCCAUGUUAGAGGACCAACUGGUGACCACACAAGAGAAGCUGAACCUAAUCUUUGAUAGGUUCUGGGCACGACUGGCAGCGCGACCAAACCCAGAACUACACACGGCAAAAACAGCAAAACCUCUGACCAACCAACGUGGAACCACAAACCGCCCCAAGCCAUCAAAAGCCCAGACUAACCUGCGACACCGCCGCAGGAGACCCCGAACCUGGAGACCACACAAGCCUGUUAUCCUGCAGAAGCCCGAUAAAAUCAGCGGGAAGCACAGGGCAAAGAGAACCUAG